AUGUCUUUUUCUUACAUUGAGAUAUUUUACUUUGCCUUACUUUAUUCUCGCAAGAUCGUUGAUGGUGAUGAUGAAAGUAACGGUGUAACAGCCGCUGUUGCCAUAACUAGCACGGUGGUCCCUCUCGUCAUUAUCAUCAUUGUUGUCUUGGUGACCAUCAGUUUCCGAUCCCUGACAUGUCGUCAGUAUUACCAAGCAGCUUAUAACUACCUGGCUGUACCCAGCCAUUCUCAAUCAUCCCCACCCACAGUUAUUCCUGUGCCAGAAACAUAUGAGGAAGCUGACUUUCCUUCCAUACCAGUAUCUGAUUUCAUCGCUCAUGUGGAACUCCUACAUGCUGACAGUGAUAUAGGAUUCUCACAGCAGUUUGAUGUAACAAACUUACUAUCCAAGUGCCCUAUGUCCUUGAUCCACUUUCCCUACUUCCAUUGCUCCCUGAUUACCACCCCCCUUUUUUUUCUUCAGUGGUCACGUGAUUCUAUCCACGCAUUUGUUAUUGAUAUUUUCACUUACUAA